CAUGGUCUAGUGGUAUGAUACAUCACUAGUAAUAUACUAGUUCAUGAUGGGGUCGGAAUGAUACUAUCACUAGUAACUUGCUAGAUUAAUGAUGGGGUCGGGAGUUCAAUUCUCUCUGGGUGCAACUAUUUCUGUAAACUUUUUGCUAUGUGCAACAGUUUUUCAUAUCAAGCAAUCUUUGCGGAUGCUUAUUUUUUUUCCUCUGUCACGUGACCAAGUUUAUUAUUUCAUCUGGGGGUCCAGGUACAACCAGACUGCUAUUUUUCCUGCUAUGGAAUGGCUCGUUUUCUCCAAUCCCUUCGUCACAUCCUCGGGAUAGGCUCGUCUUCGCCAAGCACCAUCAAUCCAUCUUCCUUCGGCCGAUCUAUUGACACUGACUUUACCGUGUUUCGAGAGGGCGACAGAGCUAUCAUCCACGGCCGAUCACCCUACCUGACCAAGCCGCUGAAACGUGGCGAUCGAACUGAGGUCUCGCGCGGCCUUCUGUUCCAUGACGAUAUUAUAGGCAAAGCCGUCUGGGAUCCUAUUAAGGCGCAUAAGGGAAAGGAAUUUCGACUGAGUCUUCCAACCCUUGAAGACUAUGUUGCAUUCACCCCAAGACUUGUCACGCCGAUAUACGGUGCAGAUGCGAGUCUGAUCGUUUCACUCCUGGACAUUCAUGUUUCCCAUCCUACCACUGCUGACGGCGACAAUACUUCGAGCGCCCAACCCCUUGAAAUUCUUGAAGCUGGCACCGGCCAUGCUUCUUUGACUCUUCAUUUGGCGCGUGCGAUACAGGCUGCCAAUACGAACCCACCACCUAUUCCAGCAAAAUCCCAGGUCCGAAUCCUCAACAACCAGCCCAUUCACCCAUACGCGGAUGAAGAAGAAAAGGAGCUCAGGAAAGAGAAAAAGGAUAGCCUUGUCGAAGAAGCCCAGAAACAGUGGGACGAAUGGCGUACUCGGCAUCGACAAGCGGUUAUCCACACAGUCGAUGUGUCGGCAAAAUAUUCGGCGCACGCUGAGAAAAUUGUGAGGGGUUUCCGUCGAGGUAUAUACGCCGGUAACAUUGAUUUCCAUGUUGGUCCAGUGGAAGAGUGGAUUGCAGAUCAGGUCCAGCGUCGCAGGAAAAAGAGAGACGACAGCGCAGGAUUAUUGUCUUCUUUCAAAAGCACCCGGCCAGCCGAUGUCGAACCUUUCUUAUCAUAUGCCAUUCUAGACAUGCCCUCGGCUCACCAGCGAAUACCACAUGUGGCGCCGGUGCUGCGAAGAGGUGGCAAUCUAGUAGUUUUCAUGCCGAGUAUCACGCAAAUCGGAGAUUGUGUGCAACUGAUUGGAAAAGAGCGGCUCCCAUUUGUACUGGAGAAAGUCGUUGAAUUGGGGGUAGGGCUAACUAGUGGUCGAAUGUGGGAUGUCCGGAUGGCUGUUAAAAAGAGUCGAGCAGAUCCGUCUUCUUGGGGAUCAAAGACAGAAGCCAGCCGUGAAGGGGCAGAGAUGGAUCAUGGUGAGAAGGAAGAAGAAUCCUCUGAACCUGUUCUUCCCACAGACACCCGUGAUGAAAGAAUUGACGAGAGUAAUAAUGUUUUGAUCUGCCGGCCAAAAGUUGGGUUGAGAAUCGUCGGAGGUGGGUUUAUCGGGAUAUGGAGGAGGGUUGAAGACAGGAGUAAUUCUGGAGAUAAGUAGAUAGAUGUCCUUGAAGUGUACGAUAGACGUGUACGAUAUAGAGUAGAUUACUACAAAAUAUAGA